AUGAGCCCCGGGGAGCGCACGGGCGGCGGCGGCGGCGGCCGGGACGACGCGCGGAAGGGCGGCCCGGCGGGGGGCGGCGGGGGGCGCCCGGCCCCGGCGGCGGCGGCGGGGAGCGCGCUGUGCCUGCUGCUGUCGGUGGGCUCGGCCGCCGCCUGCCUGCUGCUGGGGGUCCAGGCGGCCGCGCUGCAGGGCCGGGUGGCGGCGCUGGAGGAGGAGCGCGAGCUGCUGCGGCGCGCGGGGCCGCCGGGCACGGCGGCCGCCUGGGCCGAGCCGCACCUGGAGCGCCUGCUGCGUGAGAAAUUGGAUGGAAUUGUCAAGGUCCGGACUGUUCGAGAAGCCCCGUCAGAGUGUGUCUGCCCCCCAGGCGUCCCUGGACGGCGCGGGAAGCCUGGAAGAAGAGGUGAUCCUGGUCCUCCUGGGCAAUCGGGACGAGAUGGCUACCCGGGCCCCCUGGGUCUGGAUGGCAAACCCGGACUUCCAGGCCCCAAAGGGGAAAAGGGUGCACCAGGAGACUUUGGCCCCCGGGGAGAUCAAGGGCAAGAUGGAGCUGCAGGGCCUCCGGGGCCCCCUGGACCACCUGGGGCCCGUGGCCCUCCUGGUGACACGGGGAAAGAUGGACCUAGGGGGACUCAAGGCCCAGUGGGUCCCAAGGGAGAGCCUGGACAAGAUGGUCAGAUGGGCCCUCAGGGACCCCCAGGACCCAAGGGGGAUGAUGGGAUACCCAGCCAACCAGGGCCCCCCGGACUCCCAGGGCCCAAGGGUGAGCCCGGCAGUGUGGGACCCCAAGGAGAGAGCGGCAUGGAUGGUGCCCCAGGACCAAAGGGUGAGCCUGGCCACCCAGGUGCCGACGGAGCCCCGGGGCCCCGGGGUCCCCAGGGCCUCAAAGGUGAGCAAGGAGACACAGUGGUGAUCGACUACGAUGGCAGGAUCUUGGAUGCCCUAAAGGGUCCUCCUGGUCCACAGGGAGCCCCAGGACCACCAGGGGUGCCCGGAGCCAAGGGUGAGCUCGGAUUGCCUGGCGCCCCAGGAAUUGAUGGAGAGAAGGGUCCCAAAGGACCAAAAGGAGACCCAGGAGAGCCUGGGCCAGCCGGAGCCAAAGGGGAAGCCGGCGAGAUGGGCUUGUCGGGCCUCCCGGGUGCUGACGGCCCCAAGGGAGAGAAGGGAGAGUCGGCCUCUGAGAGCCUGCAGGAAAGACUGGCCCAGAUCAUAGUGGAGCCAGGACCCCCAGGCCCCCCUGGCCCCCCAGGUCCCAUGGGCCUUCAGGGGAUCCAAGGUCCCAAGGGCUUGGAUGGAACGAAAGGAGAGAAAGGUGCACCGGGCGAGAGAGGACCCCAUGGCCUGCCUGGACCUGUUGGCCCACCAGGCCUUAUUGGACUGCCAGGAACCAAAGGAGAGAAGGGCAGACCUGGGGAGCCCGGACUCGAUGGUUUCCCUGGACCCCGAGGAGAGAAAGGUGAACGAAGUGAACGUGGAGAGAAGGGGGAACGGGGUGUCCCCGGCCGGAAAGGAGUAAAGGGUCAGAAGGGAGAGCCGGGCCCUCCAGGCCUCGACCAGCCAUGUCCUGUGGGCCCUGAUGGGCUGCCCGUACCUGGCUGCUGGCAUAAGUGAUCCUCAAGACACCGCUCACAACCUAUAUAGAUCCGUGUGGCCUUUUUUUUUUUUUUUAAGUUUUGUAAAAAAAUGAAACAGUAAUAUAUUGAUCUUCUUUCAUGGGAUGUGCCACCAGUGGCCUGUGACAUUGAACUGUGUCACCCAGCCCCAAAGGAUCAGCCCAUAAAGCUGGCAGGAAAGCCGAUGGCUAGUCUGGGGGGGGGACUGUGUACGUGAAGGGCUCCACCAGACUUGGCUCUCCCAGGAGACGAAGGUGAAGACGCCAGGCUCAGGCGAGGCUGGAAAGACCUAGUCAGGUUGGACCCUCCAGUUACCUGAUUCGCAGACCCACAGCUGGCCCACUGCCCUGACAGUGCGGGCUCCCUCAAGUCCCAACAUCCGGGUCACUUUGUAUCCAGCAAGACUCACUUUGGUCAGGGGCAGCAGCUGCGCUGGCCUCUCCAGCCUCCAGACUCAGCCAUAGCCAAGUGUACCCAGAACUCUGGGUUCACCGGGGCAGGACAAGACUCUCUCCCCAGCACUUGAGGAGGAGGCAAAAGCAUCCUGAGAAGACCUACCUUUCCCCCUCCCCAAGCCCUGAAUGCCUGGGGGCCUGUGUCCUGUACUCUUGAGAAAGGGCCAUGAAGGCCAUGACUGCGGGGGACCUAGCAAUCCCUGAACAUGGACGUGGACGGUCCUAGACUGCACUGGCUGCCACUUCCUGUCUCUGUCACCUCAUCCAGGGCAGGGACAGGAAGGGACCUGGCCUGCCCUAAGAAGACAUAUCUGUGGUUUGGAGCUUGAGGUCUCAUUGGCCCAGAACUCUGUGAUCAGUCUGGUCGAAAGGGGAUCCUGGAUGCAGUGUACAGAUCAGGCUGGUCCCUGCCUAAGCAGGAGGUCUGCUGCAGACACACACACACACACACACACACACACACACACACACACACACUGUGCCCUGACACACAGUCCCCCGCUUCCAACUCCGUCCAAACCCCUUCUCUCCGCUUUCUAUGUAGGCUGUGUAGUAAACCACAAAUAUGUGUCCAGGCGGACCUGUCCUGGAAGUACCCUGGACACCCAUGACUAAAGUUUCAUCCUGGCUGUUGUGGGGUGCACAGAGGAAAGUAGGGGGACUUUGUAGGGCAGGGCCAUGCCAGAAACCACAGGAUGUCAGGGUAGAGGGGUCAGGACAGACACCAAUGGGGAUAGAUAGGAUAGAAGGAUACAGGUUCAAGACCUGGUCCUGCCACAUGCCAACAGAGCUCUCAGGCCAGUGACUUCCUGUCUGGGAGUCCCUGGGUAGUCCUCUCCUCUACUUUCCAGGGUGACCGCUGCAUCUCAGACCACCUAACGCUUCUGGCUGUAAAAGCUUGCGCAUUUCUGUUUCUCUUUCAGUUCUGGGGGUUCGUGGGCUCCAUUGGGUGAUUCUUGCUCAAACUCUCUCUCAUCUGAUGGUUAAUGGUGGCUGUCAGCGAGGGCCCAGGUGUCCAGGAUGCCUUGCUGUGGCCUUCCUGCAGCUCACACUUCCUCAUAGCACGGUGGCCGGAUUCCGAUGUGAAUGAACCAGGUAGAGCAAGUCAACGCCAUGUCGCCUUUCACAGCCAAACCUCCAAAGUCAUAUGAUACCACGUUCUGCCAGAGUUAGAAGCCUACCCCAGCCUAAGGGGUAAUGUAAGGAGUGUCAACAUCCCAUUUAAAGGAGAAAAUGUGGAAUAGUAGAUCUGAUCUUGUAGUGGCCAUCUUAGAAGAUGCCAUCUGCCCCUCCUGCACAAAAUGGAACACAAUGCUUAAAACCCAGACUGUGAGCUGGGUGGUCCAUGCCUAUAAUUCCAGCUACUCAGGAGACUGAGUUCUAAAAAGAACCAUGAUUCAGAGCCAACCCAGACAGAA